AUGACCGAGUUCACCGGCCUUGACCUUGAGAUGACGUUCAAAGACCACUACCAUGAGGUGCUGGACGUUCUCGAUGGCCUCUUCAACCACAUAUUCACAGGCCUCACCGAGAAGUUUGCUCGCGAAAUUGAGGCUGUCAAAACCCAGUAUCCCUUGGAGGACCUGAAAUGGAAGCACCCGUGCCUCCGUCUGAAGGAGGAUUGCGGAGACCUGCCAAGUUUUAGCAUUCGGCUGUGCUGUGCACGGGGUGGUGGCUGCGAAUCUCUUCCAUUCGCAUGCAGGAUCAGUUCAUUUCAGACAGCAACAAAGCAGAUAAAGCAGGAGUAUCCCAUCAACAGGCUUCUUUGCAGGAUCUCAUUCCAACCCGUGAGUGAUCCUUGA